GCUUCAAAUCAUCCAAUCAGGUGUGAGUGAGAGCUGCUUUUCUACUGAACACACAAGUUGAUUUCCUCACUAUCACUGUGUCUGAACAGGAACGAUGAUCUCACUCUUUGUGGCGCUUUACUCUCUGCUUUGUCUCUGCACAGCUGUAAAAACAUCUGACAUCAAGGAGCUUCACGUGAGAACAGUAAAGAGUGGAGAAGAUGUAACUAUAGCGUGUGAUCUCAGUCUGAUCGCAGACAAAAGUAAAGUAGUCUGGUACAGACAGAGUUUUGAAAAAGUGCCUCUUUUUUUUGCAAAACGUUACGGGACAAAUAGCUACACAUUUACUGAUGGAUUUAAUGAUAAUCGCUUCAAUUUUACUGUAAAUGAGCAUCAGUUUGAUCUCAACAUUAUGAACCUGAGAGAAGAUGAUGAAGGAGAAUAUUUCUGUGGAGAAAUGGAGGGAACUACAAUAAAGUUCACAUCUGGAACACGUCUGCAAUUUGAAGAUAAAGAGAUGAAACUCUGUCCUUCACCUGGACCAGAAAUCAAGAUCACAGGUUCUGUUACAAACCCAUGUACAAACAGCAUAAUUGAAACAGAUUCCAGUUGUACUGAUCAGAUGCAUGUGCUCUUCUUGCUCUCUAUUGUUAGAGUUGGAGUUCUUGCCUUCAUGAUUAUUAUCUUUCCAAUCCUCCUGAUCGUUUGUAAAUCAAAGUUUUAAAAAAUGUUUAAAUACAGAUUGAAGAAAUAGUGAGAUAAGGAUAAAAUAAUGUAUUGGAUUUAGUUCAAGUUCAUUGAUUAUGUUGCUCAUGUACUGGAUUAAGUUUGGGUUAAAUUUAAUGACCAUAUAUUUACAGCUGUAUUUAAAUAAAAAAAAAAUGCAUUAAAUGAAAUUAAAAUCUAAAGUCA